UCAGCAGUGGGUCACCACAACAAAAAUUACUCAUGGAACAUAAAUUACAUUUGAUUUCGUUUCUUUUUAUUUCUUAUUAUCUAAAUUAAAUUUAGUUGAAUUGGUGUUUAUUUUUUUUCUACUCUGUGAAUAGUCUAUUUGGAAUAUUAACUGAUUAUGUAUGGACGUCAAAUUAGUAGAAUUGGAGGUCGAUAUGGUAAUUCUUCUUCUUCUUCUUCUUCUUCUUCAUCUUCAUUCUGCUAUUCACCUAUGAACAAGUUUGGUAUUUCCUGUGAUGUUUGUUGCCACUCGAUUCCUGGUGAACACAGAAGAGCAAUUUUCGCAAUCGGCUCAUGUGAUCAUCCAAUUUGUUAUCAUUGUUCAACCAAAAUGAGAGUAUUAUGUGAACAGAAUGAAUGUCCCAUUUGUCGUCAAGAUGUUUCUGAGAUUAUUUUUACCGAAUGUUCUCGAAAAAAAUUUAGUGACUUCGAUUUAUCGAGAUUCUAUUUCGAUGAUAAAUCCAAAAUUUACUUCGAAACUCAAAGCUGCUUUGAUACAUUUAAUUCUCUUCUUGAAGAAAAAUGUAAAAGAUGUAAUACAACUUUGGAAAGUGUAAAUGAAUUACAGGAUCAUCUAUGGCACAAACACAGAUUAUUAACGUGCCAAGUUUGUGUUCAAAAUUUAAAAAUUUUCAGUGAAGAAAGAAAAUAUUAUAAUUCUGGACAAUUGGAAGAUCAUAUGAAGAUUGGUGAUCCAGACGAUCGUUCAUUCCAAGGACAUCCAGCUUGUCAACUUUGUGAUCAACGUUAUGUCGACUCGGAGGAGCUAAAUCGUCAUUUACGUCGAGACCAUUAUUUUUGUCAUCUUUGUGAUAGUAAAGUUAUCUAUUUCAACAAAUAUGAGACUUUGAAUCAACAUUUUCGUGAGAAACAUUUUCUAUGUGAAGAAGGGCCUUGCAAAAAAGAACAAUUUACUUCUGUUUUUCGAACUGCAAUCGAUUUGCAAGCUCAUAAAGCUCAAAGUCAUUGUCUUACCAAAUCGGAAGCCAAACAUGCACGAACUUUGAAUUUGGACUUUACCUUCAAUACUGCACCUCGAGGUCCGAGAGCCGGUGGAUUUAAUUCACAGGUUGUUGCUACUCUUAAUGACGAUGGUCUGUCCAAUUCCAGAGGAGGUGGCAGUCGAAGAGGUAGAGGUGGAGAUCGAGGUGAUCGUGGAGAUCGUGGAGAUGGAAAUGAUAGAGGUAAUGAUCGUAACCCUCCAAAUAUAUCAGAAGAUUUUUGGAUUCCCGACGAUCUUUCUAGUCUUGGAGCUGCAGGUCCUAUUCAACUUAGCUCAGAAGAUUAUCCAUCACUUGGAGAUAUAAGUAAACAAAGACCACAAGAUCGCUCUGUUGCCAAAUUGGUAGCCAAUGAUGUCACUAAUGGCCAGGACUUAAAAGCUUGUGCAAAACCUAAACAAAAGUUUAGUACAAAAGUGAAGGAAAGUGGCACUUUCGGUAACAAAGAAGAUGAAGAGUUUCCAACCCUUUGUGCUCCUGAGCCUUCAUCUCCACUUGCUUGUGCCAAACGAGAUGGGAAAAAGACCAAAGCAAGUAAAUUGUCGAUGAAAGAUGUAGCCCAAUUGAUCGAAUCCAAACAGUUCUGAAGACCAAGGGAAGCCAUUCAGCCAACCAUUUAGCUUCUGGUGAAUUGGUCGCUGUUAAAACAGGUGACGAAUCUUUUUUUGAUUUCUCUGGAGCUCGGUCACUUGGAUCAAUAGAAAAUGAAGACAGUCAACCUCCAGUUAAAAGGAGAAAACAAGAUGCCAAGAGUGGUAAAGGAUUGAGACAUUUCUCUAUGAAGGUUUGUCAAAAGGUUAAAGACAAAGGAACAACAACUUACAAUGAAGUUGCCGAUGAGCUGGUCGCUGAAUUUUCCGCUGACCCUAUCGCCAGUAGAGCUGCUUUCUCGGGAAGAUACUCAGGUGAUGAUGCUUGGUGAUGAUGUUUUGACCAAAAAAAUAUUCGUCGUCGGGUUUACGAUGCGCUCAAUGCUCUUAUGGCAAUGAAUAUUAUCAGCAAAGAAAAGAAGGAGAUUAAAUGGAGAAAGAAAAACAAGAAAGAGAAAUUAAGAGAUCUGCUUAUCCAACACAUCGCUCUUCGAAAACUAAUCGAAAGAAACAAAACUGAUCCCGUUGUCUUUUUGAACACUAAAAUUCACCUUCCUUUUAUCAUUAUAAAUAUCUGUUCAGUUUCGAUAAUUUUCACCUUUAUCAUCGACCAAUCAGCUACAAAUUCAAACACAAAACCAAAACCAAAAUCAAAACGAUAUUAAUUUUAUUACCUGUUAUUCAAUUUACAUUAUCAACUAAAAAAAAAAAAAUAAAGAAUUGAAAUAAUUUUGCUCAA